AUAAUUCGUUAAACAAAUGAAAUUAUACAUCACUAAUAAAACUAAAAAAAUUUUCAUAACUUAAAAUGAAUAUUUCCUCUUUCAGUUUUCCCCCCUAAUGCCAUCCAAUUUAGAUUUUAGAAGCCUAAAGACCAACUCAUUUUCAUUUUCAUUUUCAUUUUCAUUUUCAUUUUCUUCAAUCAAACACUAAACCCGAGCUGUAUAGCUCAAUUAUUGCAUCAAUGGCUGCUCUAUUUCCUCCGCGUAUCUAAACUUGUUCCUGAAAAUUUUCAACUUUCAUAGCUAAGUUGUUAUUGAUGCUAUUUCAAUUUCGCGGUUCUUGACACGAAUGCAACUUGGGUUUUCUAGAUCGCGUUCAGAUCUUCACACCUCCUGAUCUGGCUAAAAAAAGUUUGAUUUUUGUUUGAAAUUGGAACAAAAGGGACUUUGAGGGUUUGGCAGCAGAGUUGCAUUAAUUAGUUCAUGUUUUGCAUUUGAUGGUGGAGAAGAUCUGUGUGAAGUUGGCUUGAUGAUUGGUGUAGAUCCUUUACCACUCUUUGCAUUGUGGCUAGUGAUUUGCUUAAGAGUGGUUGAGUUCGUUUGAAGAAGUUUGUGAUCUGUGGCUCAAAGUGAUGAUCAAGAACAUACUCAAUAGGAUUCCUCGGAAGCAAGGGAAGUUAGGAGAGAGUCGCGAUGGAGGAGCCUUGUCUCUCUCCUCAACUGCUUCAACUACUUUAAAAAGCAAUUCAAAUGCUGCUGUAGUCGGGUUGAAUCAGAUUCCAAACUCUGGUCUGAGUUAUGGGAACAAGAUUCUCGAACACGAUCCAUCAAAUGUGAAGGCAAACGUGGUUGUUGGAACUGUGGCGUAUGAGGCUCUUCCUAGUUUUAGAGACGUCCCCAAUGCUGAGAGGCAUACCUUGUUUAUCAGAAAACUGAGCUUGUGUUGUGUGGUGUUUGACUUCACUGAUCCCUCGAAAAGCUUGAAAGAGAAAGACAUUAAACGACAGACAUUAGUGGAGCUAGUGGAUUAUGUUACUUCGGCAAAUGGCAAGUUCAAUGAAACUGCUAUGCAAGAGAUAGUAAGGAUGGUAUCUGUGAAUUUGUUCCGCACAAUCUCUACUCAGCCUCGUGAGAACAAGGCUGUAGAAGGCUUUGAUUUGGAAGAAGAGGAGCCCUUAAUGGAUCCAGCGUGGCCCCAUUUGCAAAUUGUCUACGAAUUCCUCCUCAGGUUUGUAGCUUCCCCAGAGACGGAUGCAAAGAUGGCAAAACGCUAUGUUGAUCACUCUUUUGUCCUGAGAUUAUUAGACCUUUUCGACUCAGAAGAUCCUCGAGAGAGGGACUACUUAAAGACUGUCCUGCACAGGAUAUAUGGAAAGUUCAUGGUGCAUCGGCCAUUCAUUAGAAAGGCGAUCAACAACAUAUUCUACCGCUUCAUUUUUGAAACGGAGAAGCAUAAUGGUAUAGCUGAGCUGUUAGAGAUCUUAGGAAGCAUUAUAAAUGGAUUCGCGUUGCCACUCAAGGAAGAGCACAAGCUCUUCCUUGUUCGUGCUCUGAUUCCACUACACAAACCAAAGUGCGUGUCAACGUACCAUCAGCAACUAUCUUACUGCAUCACACAGUUUGUGGAGAAGGACUGCAAACUCGCUGAUACCGUCAUAAGGGGCUUGCUCAAAUAUUGGCCUAUCACCAGUAGUUCUAAGGAGGGUAUGUUCUUAGGUGAGCUCGAGGAAGUUUUGGAAGCAACCCAGCCUCCCGAGUUCCAGCGUUGUAUGGUCCCACUUUUCCGCCAGAUUGGCCGUUGCUUGAGCAGUUCCCACUUUCAGGUUGCUGAGAGGGCUCUCUUUCUGUGGAACAACGACCAUGUCGAGAAUUUGAUCAAGCAAAACCGUGGAGUCAUACUGCCAAUCAUCUUCCCUGCCUUGGAGAAUAACGCGAGAAACCACUGGAAUCAAGCGGUGCAGAGCCUGACCCUCAAUGUCCGAAAAAUCUUCUCUGAUGUGGAUCCGGAGCUCUUUGAGGAGUGCUUGGUCAAGUUCCAAGAAGAUGAUGCACGACAAGAAGAAACCAAGACCAGACGUGAAGCAGCAUGGAAGCGCUUGGAGGAUAUCGCCACCACCAACACUGAAUCAGUGCUCGUUCCACUCCCCAACAACGCCCCAUCUGGUUGAAGAAAAAGGAACACAACACUCACACUUGUUGGUUUUUGAGCUUUUGAAAAUGGAUGGUAACUCUUGGGAUCAGAGGUGAACGAGUCGAUGGAAGCUCGUGUCUUCGAUUUUUUGUCCCAUCAGGUCGAACCAUACGACCGUGUGAUCGCCAUACACGGAGUGUAUAUACACAGCCAAGGUUACAGAUUCUUCAACACACCUUGCAUUCUUUGUUUUUUUUGUAAGCUCUUAGAAAUUUAGAAUGAUUGAAACUAAAAAAGUUGUAUUUGAAUUUGGUUGGGCUGUUUAGAACUGAGUUUUGAUUUGAUGUGCUAUAUAUGUAUGUUUGAUCA